GGUUCCGCGGCCUCACCUGUCCCCAUUCACCCGCGGCGGGGGCGGCGGUGGUGGCGGGCCCGUCAGGCGGAGGGAGCCGCCGCCAGGAAUGAAACUGAAGUCUGCUGCAAUAAAACACUGAAGGCUUUAAAAUGUUUUCUUGCAUAAAACUCAAACUUUAAGUAGCUGCUUAUGAGGAUAGGGAAGUCAGGAAGCUAAUGUCUGUCUCAAGGUACAGGACAGCUGUUUGUUCAUCAACCUCAACUGUCCCAACCUGACAUAGGGAAGUGGGGACAGCUACUCAGAGAACCGCAAAACAUCAUCGGUACAGUAGCAAGCCUGUACUCCAAAUCCAAAAUCCCUAUACUUUUUCACCAGAGUGCACAGAAGAGGAACAUGGCUCAAGAAACUAACCAUAGCCAAGUGCCUAUGCUUUGUUCCACUGGCUGUGGAUUUUAUGGAAACCCUCGUACAAAUGGCAUGUGUUCAGUAUGUUAUAAAGAACAUCUUCAAAGACAGAAUAGUAGUAAUGGUAGAAUUAGCCCACCUGCAACUUCUGUCAGUAGUCUGUCUGAAUCUUUACCAGUUCAGUGCACAAAUGGCAAUGUCCCAGAAGCUCAGUCAACAUUAGACUCCACGUUUUCCCCAUCUAUGCAGCCAAGUCCUGUAUCAAAUCAAUCACUUUUAUCAGACUCUGUAGCAUCUACCCAAAUGGAAAGUACAUCUGUGGACAAAGCAGUACCUGAAACAGACGAUCUGCAAGGACCCAGAGCAGAGGAUCUUGUUCCUCUUGAGUGUGAUCCUCCAUGUGGAUAGUUAAUCUUAUUUUACCUGCCUGGUGCUUUUGUAAACAGCCAUAAUUACUAGUGGUUAACAGACAAAAUUUGAUUUGUCCCAAAUAG